ACGCGGAAGUCGUCUCUGAAGUUCCUGGUCGCCGCCGCGAGCUCGUCGAAGGCCAAGGCUGGUGCCGUGGCGGCGACACUGCUGCGGCUGUGCGGAUCGGCAGGGCGAGGCGGCAGGGCCUCCUUCUUGCUUGCCUCCAGGCCGCCGAGGAAGCAGCUCACUGGGCCAGGCCCGACGGAUGCAAAAUUGGGCUCCCAGCCAGGCUGAGCGGAAACGCAGGGAUCGGUCGUUUCCGCGAGCCAGGCCCGCGCCUGCACCCGCGCGUGCAAAGUCGCGAGCUAGGUCUCGUCUUCCGGUCCUGUCGGCUCGCAUUUUCCCCCGCUCCCCGCCGCUCUCUUCUCUGAUGCGACGCAUUUGGAUCUCGUCGUCCUCGCUGCAUCUACCGUUCGCCGUCGCAUCUCCUCACCGGUGCCAAGAUCAGAAAGAGGAAAAAAGCAUGCCAGAUUUCUGGUUUAGUGAAUUGAAGAACCAUGAAAUCCUAGCUGAGGUCCAAGAAAGACGGGCGAGCUAACUCUUAAGUAUCCCAAGGUACAGAAUUAGUGAGGCAAAGGGGUUACAAGCUUGAGAACGAAGUGCUUACAAAAAUGCAUCACAUGACCGAUGAAGACGAGCCAAUCUUAGAGAGCGCCGUUGUUUAGUUACUUUUUGAAACUCACAUGUUCUAUUUCCUAUUAUCGAUUGUUCCAUUAAUGUCUAUGUUCUGGUAAUUUUCAAGUACUGAAAUUGAAUGGUACCCUGGAAGUGCUUGACACAAAAAGCGCUAAAAAGAAGUCAAAGAGGGGGCCAAUAAACGGCAAGCCUAUCACGAAAAUCGAAAACAGCGGAGGCUUCUUUAAUUUCUUCAGUCCACCUCAAGUUCCUGACAAUGAUGACGAAAUUGACUAGGAUACAGGAAGCUGGACCUCCUUUUAUGUAUGCUCUUAUGCUGAAACUUCUGCAUGAGCAUGAUUUUAUUUAUCUCUCAUUGCAGUACUGCAGUUGCCUGCGGGUGGAUAGAUGUGCUAGGUCGUCAGUUUGUGUCGAGUGGUGGAAAUGCCGUGGUGCUGUAGUAAGUUACAUUGUUCUGUUCAUUUGCAAUGGAAAAGCGUUC